ACAGAUAUAAUAAUGUAAAUUCCAGUCGCGCAAGAUUUCCGGAUAAAAAUUCCAACCGAAAGAUCGGCCCGUGAAACUAUCGAAUUUUCGAAGUCUUAGAACUUUUACAAAUCCAGGCAGGGCAAUCGGCGUGUUACGAGUUUGCGCUGCUAGCACCCGACUCGUGUAAAGCCCCGUGAAAGCCAUUAUCGCUUCUCUGGCCUCUCCCGGCGUUCAUCGUUCUCUUUCUGUGCGGGUGUACCACUAUUUUGGUCCAGCGGGUUAAAGAACUUGACGGUCGGAGAACAAGGGGACGAAUCGAAUCGUGAGGGCCGUUGGGUGAGGGACGAGCUAUAUAGUGACAAAUACUCUGUUCCGGCUUUUUAUCCGCCUACUCGCAAUAAAAAGAAACAAAAACCCAUUGUUGACCAUUCUGUGGGUAGUGGGCUGGCUGGGUGAUUCAUCAGGGCUCGGACGGGACAUGGUGGAAGGAAACACCAUGCUCUGUGCACGUGUAUUCUAGUGUGUUGUGGGAUGGCGUCGUGUUCUGGUAUCGUUCCGUGUUUUAUUUCUUUUUACAGAUCUAAAAGUUGUAUUUAAACAAAUAGAAAUAUGAAGAAAGAAAAGACGGUUGAUAACAGCCGUCCCUAUAAAUUAGCUCAUCAAAUAUUAAGCUUAACGGAAAUAAGCUUUCAAAAGAAGAGCAUAACUGGUUUUGUGGAGUUGACAAUUAUACCUUUGCGAGAUACACUGAGACUGGUGAAGCUCAACGCCAAACAAUGCAAAAUAUAUAGAGUGUGUUUAAAUGACACUUAUGAAGCACCUUUCCAGUAUUUUGAUCCAUUUCUGGAUAUCUGCCAAGGGGAUAGUAAACAACGAUCCUUGGAAUUUUUCUCAAAUAUGCACCUAGCGGCAGCUCAGAAAGUUGAUUUUGACAAUAAUGCUGGCGAAUUAAUAGUUCAAAUACCACCAGAUGCAGUACACUUGGUCGCAAAAGGCAGAGGAUUAAGGAUUAGCAUCGAAUUUUUCUUGGAGCAGCCACGAGGAGGAGUGCAUUUUGUAAUACCAAACUGUGAAGGAACUCUAGCUGAAAGAGGUGCCCAUAUGUAUACGUAUAGCUAUGAAAAUUCAUCUAGAUUGUGGUUUCCAUGCGUGGAUAGUUUUGCUGAACCGUGUACUUGGAAAUUGGAAUUUACCGUCGAUGAUGCGAUGACUGCAAUUUCCUGUGGAGAUCUGGUUGAAGUGGUCUACACACCUGACAUGUGUAGAAAAACAUUUCACUACGUGCUUAACACUCCUGCGUGCGCCCCAAACAUUGCUUUGGCAGUUGGACCUUUUGAGAUUUUUGUGGACCCCUACAUGCAUGAAGUGACUCAUUUCUGUCUGCCUCAACUUUUACCAUCACUGAAAGUGUCUGCAAAAUACAUGUACGAAGCAUUCGAAUUUUAUGAGGAAAUUUUGUCAAAUCGAUACCCGUAUUCUUGUUACAAGCAGGUCUUUGUUGAUGAGAUAGACGAAGACAUUAACGCCUAUGCUACAAUGAGCAUCUUACACACGAAUUUACUGCAUUCUACCGCAAUUAUAGAUCAAGUAUACAUUACUAAGAAAGCAAUGGCGCAAGCGAUUGCAGAACAAUUUUUUGGAUGUUUUAUAUCCAUGCAAAAUUGGUCAGAUACGUGGUUACCUAAGGGUAUUUCCACCUAUUUAACAGGACUCUAUGCGAAGAAAUUUUUUGGAAAUAAUGAAUAUAGAGAAUGGAUUCAGUCUGAAUUACAAGCUGUUGUGAAAUAUGAAGAACAAUUUGGUGGUAUAAUACUAGAUCCAUCUCAAGCACCAGCGCCAUUACCCAUUGCGGCUAAUACUCCAGCGCCGGCUCCUCGAGCUCCCGAACCCGGGUUUUAUUUUCCUAUUAAAAAUUUGCAUACCAUGUCUCCAAAAUACAUUGAGGUUCUUCGUAAGAAAGCGCAUCUAAUCAUGAGAAUGCUGGAACAUAGGAUCGGCCAAGAAGUAUUGCUUCAAGUAUUCAAUAAACAAUUGUCUCUGGCAGCUAAUGCUGCGCAGCAAAAAAUUGAAUCUGGCCUGUGGUCGCAUAUGUUAAUUAGUACAAAUGUAUUUGCUAAGGCGACCUUUACUGUAACGGGGAAAGAUAUGUCAGUAUUUAUAGAUCAAUGGGUGAGAACAGGAGGACAUACAAAAUUUAGCCUAAGUUUCAUAUUUAAUAGAAAAAGAAAUACAGUAGAAUUAGAAAUUAGGCAAGACACUACGCAUCAAAGAGGAAUUAGGAAAUAUGUAGGUCCGUUAGUAGUCAAUAUUCAAGAAUUGGACGGUACUUUCAAGCACACGUUACAAAUUGAAGGUACAAUGGCCAGAGCGGAUAUCACAUGCCACAGUAAAAGUCGUAGAAACAAGAAAAAGAAAAUUCCUCUGUGUACCGGCGAAGAGGUUGAUAUGGAUCUCUCUGCUAUGGAUGAUUCUCCAGUAUUAUGGAUUAGACUUGAUCCUGAAAUGACAAUUAUGCGCGCUGUGCAAAUUGAGCAACCUGAUUAUCAGUGGCAAUAUCAAUUAAGACACGAGAGAGAUGUCACCGCGCAAUUAGAAGCGAUCGAAGCGUUGCAGCAUCAUCCGACGCCUGCCACACGAUUAGCAUUGACUGAUACAAUUGAGAACGAACAUUGUUACUAUAAAGUCAGACUUCGCGCUGCUCAUUGUUUGACAAAGGUGGGAAACGCAAUGGUAGCAACAUGGUCAGGCCCACCAGCGAUGUUGGCUAUAUUUAGAAAAUUAUUCGGAUCCGCGUCGUGUCGGCGGAUUAUUAAACAAAACAAUUUCACGAAUUUUCAGCAUUACUUUUUACAAACGACUAUACCAGUUGCGAUGGCGGGUUUACGCAAUAAUCAUGGAAUUUGUCCACCAGAAGUACUAUCUUUUCUAAUGGAUCUUUUCAAGUAUAACGAUAACAGUAAGAAUAGAUAUUCUGAUAAUUACUACAGAGCCGCACUAAUCGAAGCUCUUGGCGCAACUGUUACACCGGUUAUCAGUGUGCAACAAGGAACGGCUAUCACAGCGGAAUUUUUAUCGAUUGACACGAAAGCCAUUUUAGAAGAGGUGACAAGAAACUUGAACUUAGAGAAAUUAUUACCUUGCUACAAAUAUACCGUUAGCGUAGCUUGUCUAAAAGUUAUACGUAUCCUUCAAAAGUUCGGACAUCUGCCAAGCAAUCCUCAUCUUUUCAGGGCAUAUGCAGCAUAUGGACAAUUUGAAGACAUUCGAAUCGCCGCUUUAGAAGCGUUGGUUGAUUUUACUCGCGUGGAUGGUAAAUGGGAGGACCUAGAGUUCUUAUUAGAUAUGGCAGAAAAUGAUCCGCAUCCCGGUAUACGUCAUAGACUUGUACGGCUUAUGGUGGAGAAUCCACCGUUCGAAAGAGCCCAUGAGCAUCACUUGGAUAAACCCGAUCUAGUUGAUCGUAUAUGGAAUUUGAUUAAUGGCAUGCUGUCGCACGAUGCAAAGCUGCGUUGCGAUUUGGUAGACUUGUACUACACUUUGUAUGGUAUGAAAGUUCCAUUUUGUCUUCCCGUUGCUGAAAUUACGACGAUCACAAAGCCCAGGAAAGCCGGCCCGCCAAGUUCAGAACGUGAAGUGAAAACCGCACCGAUGCAACAUGUGAGACACGAAUCAAUCGAAGAAGUUGAGAACUUAUCAGUUUCCAACAAGAGGAAAACAUCUCCCAGCAAAGAUCCUCCAAGUUCAUCAAAUCAAGUGGAACACGCGCCAGAACCAAAACGACAAAAAACAACUAAUAAUCAGGACGAACGAAGAACUCCGGUACCUGGUGAAGAGAAAGUAAAAUCUGAGUAUUAUAGCGAUAAUUCCGCGUCACUGCCUGGUAUCAUGGGAACUCCUGGUCCUGUAGGAUUCGAGCCUGGAAUGUUUAGGAAAGAUUCAAAAGAUCAUAAGCCAAAAGGCGAUUCCAGCAAUAAGAAUAAAAAGAAAAAGAAGGAUAAGAAAAAGCACAAGCACAAACAUAAGCACAAACACGAUUACAAACAUAAUAAGGAUAAGAAGAAAAAGGAAAAUGAUAAAGGUAAAGAUAAGGAUAAGGAUAAGGAUAAUAAAAGCAAGGACAAAGAUUCAUCCGUUUUAAAGAUGAAAGAUGAGACUCUCAGCUCUGCAAGUUCUAGUCAAAGUCCAGAGCCAACCGCCACGAACGAAAUCCUUUUUCCUUAGGAGCGUUCAGUUAUCGGUGUACAUAAAUUUUUUUAUGACCAUGGCUAUUUAUAUAUUUUGUAUGGCUGUACAAUUUAAUUGUAAGCGAAAAGCAAUAAGAUGUAAAUCCUCAAUUUAUUAUAUAUUAUAUUUGUAUGUAUUUAUAAAUAUUACGUUAUAUGUAACAUUUAUAAAUAUAUUUUUUAUUAUAAAUUAAAUGUAUAAAUUUUAGAUAUAAUAUGUAUAUAAUAAUAAAAAUAACAAUAUUAAUAAACGUAUUUUAUUAUAUUACAUAUAUAAAAUCAAUUGUAUUUAUACAUCGCAAUUAUUAUACGCGAUAAUAAAGAUUGAAUAAUUUU